CUCACCUCAAGUUUCAUCUCAGCCAUUCGGUUUCUUGGGAUUACUCUCGCUCUUGUCACUCUUUACUAUCAGCCCUUAUAACAUAAAGUCAUCCAUUCAAACGAAAUGUCUUACAACGCUCCUGCUACUGCUCGCGCCGCUGUGUGGAGCCUGAAGUCCUCCAACCCUGAUCUCCCCGCGGAGUCGGCCAUCUUGCCUGAUGAUGGCAGUAAUGGGACCGAGUCUGUCUUUGAGAAUGACAAUCGCCGUCUCGUUGACAUCAAGGACUUUGCUGAUGGCGGCAAAUUCCGAUCUAUCGUCAAGAUCCAAGCUUGCUUCAACAAGCGACCAGGUGAAAGUGUUUGGAUGAUGGGUUCCGGCUGGCUAAUCAGCCCGGAUACCGUUGUUACAGCCGGACAUGUGGUCUACGAUUGGGGUCACCGCCUUCAGAGUGCUACCGAGAUCAAGUGCUACAUUGGGUACUCUGGUCGUGCUUCCGUCAGCACUCCCGUUGUCCAAGCUCGCUUUGGAGAGCGGAUAAUAACUACGGCUAAAUGGGUUGAGGCUCCUGGAAACAGAGCCAACGAUGUCGCAUUCAUCAAGGUUAAUCGACCUUUCACGGGCAACCUCAGGAACAUCCCUUUUAAGGAAACUCCUCUUUCUUCAAAUGGGGUCACCUUGGGUGUUGUUGGAUAUCCUGGAGACAAGUACCUUGAGGGCCAGAACGGACAGAAUAUAGAAAAGGGUGCCCGGAUGUACGAGGAGUUCGCGCCCACUAGCUAUGAUAUUGGGAAGAGCGAGCGCCACAUGGUUGAGUACGGAGUCUCGACCUUUGCAGGUCAAUCCGGCGCUCCAAUCCUCCAGGCCACCAACAACUCUUUGGUGGCCAUUGGCACCCACUGCUAUGGUGGCGGCGGCGACGAAAGCAAUUCUGGCAACUCUAUUGGCGGCAUUUAUGGAAACAACUACCACGCCUUUCUCGCGCUUUUCGAUAGCAGCCAAUUCCCCGACUCUCAGCGCUCUGGCAUCAAGGUGAUCGAUGCCGAUACCAACUCUCAUGCCGCGGUCUCGCCCUUGGGGGAGAUCAAGUACAGCUCGGGCGCAAGUCUUCAGGAAAGCUCAGAUGAGGAAGGCUUCUUCGAUAUCAUCAAGUCAAUUGCGAAGGUCGCGGGACCUGUCGUAUCAGGUGUCACUCCCUUCCUUGGGCCUAUUGGCGGUCCCAUCGGUGCGAUAGCCGGUGGCAUCCUCUCGACUGUAGGCGGAGCUGAGAGUGCCCUCGUUGAUGGAAAUACAUCAAACGCAGUCGACAAUUCCAUCAACUCGGGGGCUACCGAGAGAGCAAUACUUGCCGAGGCUUCUCUUCAAGCACUUUUGGAGCUAGAAGACUCCCAAGAGACAGCCGAGGUUCUUAGCAGAAUCAACUCCAAGUAUAACGCAUUCAGACCCAAGCUGGAUGCAAUUGCGAAAGUUUCUCAGCCCUACCUCACUGAGGCUGGACUUUAUUUGGCUCAUCGCCAAAUCGCACAGUUACAGGAGAAGGGUAUGUUGGGAACACAAGAGUCCGAAAUUGAGCUCCCUCGCGUUCCUUUGCAAGGAGUCAACCGAUCGACCUUGUCUCGCUACGAGGGUCAGCAAGAAGCUUUUGUCCAGGGCCUCUUGGCGCCCACGCGGCCAGUUUCGAACGAAGAAGGGUUUUUGGACUUCCUUGGACCCGUGCUAUCCAAGGGAAUCAGCUUCGCCAAACCAUUCAUUGCAAGCGCAGCCCAGGGAGCACUUGGAGGCGUUCUCAAUCGUCUUGGUGGUGGCGCAGAGUCUUCUUUCGACGCACCCCCAGGUACUCAUGAGCAUGCCACCCUUCUUGCUUUCAAGCGCGCCGCCGCAGCGGAGGCUGCUUUGCAGACUCUCAUGGAACUACCUAAGCACAAGCUUGACCGUCUCUACGUCAGCAGUCCUCGAGCUGACGAGGAAAGCAUCUUUGACGUCAUCAAGGCCGGCGUUCAGAAGAUUGCUCCAGCUGUCAUCGACAUCGCCAAGACGGCUGUGCGUAAGGUCGUGCCUGUCAUUGUUGACGCUGCAUCGCAGAGGAUCAAAGACGCUGUGGAGCCAGAGAGAAGUUCGGCUACCCAGAACAACCCAGGCUCAUACGGCCUCAACCCAGCGUCUCAAACGAAUGUCAUUCGAACCAAGCCGUCCGUGAGGGACAUGUUUGUGCAGGCCUCCAAGGGCACGAAGGUGAGCGAGAACCCAGAUGACUUGGAGCCCAAAGAGGAAUACAUCCUGAACACUAUCCUCGAGGACAUACUGAAGUCGCGUGAGACCACUUGGGUGCCCUCGCUUCACAAGCGAAAGUCCUGGGACUCAAACGAUGACGGUUUAUGCAUGAUGGAUGAGGAGCCGCUCUAA